UCUCUGCCCAAAGCCUCUUGUCUGUGUGCUACUUCUCUUUCUCCAUUACCAUUGCUGCCACUCUACUAAGAGAGAGAGAGAGAGAGAGAGAGAGAAAUGCAGCACAUCACAUAACCUAAAAUCCUCAACAAAACCCCAUUCCUUAAUUAGUAAACUGCAUUAUCUCUCUCUACUUUAGAGUAGAGAGAUUCCGAUUCAAGUUCAAGUGAAGGUUUUUGAGUUUUGACCCAAAAAUAAAGUACCUUUGGCUCUUGCCAGCCAAAGCCAGAGUUCGAGGGCAUUAAAAUAGGCAACUUCUGCAGAACCACCACCACCACCCCAUUUUUUGAGCAUAGCAAAAGACACAGACACGAACCAACCUUUACUCGUUUCCCUCACUCAACCAAACUGAUCCCAUCAGAACAAAAAGAGAAGAUGGGUUGCUGCCACUCCAAAAUAGAGAGGGAAGAAACGGUGUCGCGUUGCAAAGCCAGAAAGCGUUACAUGAAGCAGUUCGUGCAAGCAAGACACGCUUUUUCCGCUGCACAUGUUAUGUACAUUCGCUCGCUCCGCGCCACUGGCUCUGCACUCUUUCAGUUCGCAAAUGCCGAAACCACCGUCCUCCAUCACCACCACCUUCCGCCGCGCCCUCAGCCCAUCCCCCCGCCACCGCCGCCACGAACACCCACUCCCAUGCCGCCGCCACCUCCUCCUCCGAUGAGUCCUAGUUCCUACACGUGGACUUCGGACACAACCUCCUCCCCCGCCCUUCCGCCGCCGCCGCCGCCGCCGCCUCCUCCUCCGGUGUCUUCCUCCACCUGGGACUUCUGGGACCCGUUCAUGACGGCGGCGACAGCGGUGGCUUCACGGUCGGUGACGGAGGAGGAGUGGGAGGCGACGACCACCACAGGGUCAGAGGUGGUGGUGAUGGCGGCGGCGAGUGUGACGGCGCCGCCGUCUGCGGUGAGCGGGUUUUCCAAGGAGACACCUAGUGAGCUUGCAAUGGUGGUGUCGAGGAACAGUACCAAGGAUCUUGUUGAAGUUAUCAAGGAGCUUGAUGACUAUUUUCUCAAAGCUGCUGAUGCUGGUUCUCAUGUUUCUUUGCUCCUUGAAGUUCCAAAGUCUGGAUUUUCUGAUAACAGUAAAGCAUGUAAAGUGCACAGCUAUGGGUGGAGUUUGAGUCCGUCCUUGUGGGCUUGGGGUUCGAGUCCAAAGCUGAAUGGGUUUGGCAAGCUGGCUGAGGGAACUCCUGUUUCUGUUGGUGGUACUUUUGGGGUUAAUGGAGUUGGAAGUGUUGGGCACUGUUCCACUGUGGAGAGGUUACAUGCAUGGGAGAAGAAAUUGUACCAAGAGGUCAAGAAUGCUAAGACUACAAAGAUGGAGCAUGAGAAGAAGCUGGCACUCCUAAGGAAGGUGGAGAUGAAGAGAGCAGACUAUGUGAAGACAGAGAAGACAAAGAAAGAAGUGGAGAAAUUAGAGUCACAAAUGAUGGUAGCUUCUCAGGCCAUUGAUAGUACAUCUUCUGAAAUCAUCAAAUUAAGGGAGGUAGAGCUCUACCCUCAACUAAUUGAGCUUGUAAAAGGAUUAAUGUGCAUGUGGAGAAGCAUGUAUGAGUGUCACCAAGUCCAAAAGCACAUAGUUCAGCAGCUAGAGUACCUCAACACCAUACCAUCAAAAAACCCUACAUCUGAGAUUCACAGGCAAUCAACUCUUCAGCUGGAGCUUGAAGUACAGCAGUGGCACCAAUCCUUCUGCAACCUCUUCAAGGCCCACCGCGAUUACAUCCAAUCCCUCACAGGUUGGCUAAGGCUCACCCUUUUCCAGUUCAGCAAAACCCCUCUAAACCGAACCCCCGAGGAGUCUAAGAUAUACACCCUUUGUGAAGAAUGGCACCUCGCCGUCGACCGCAUUCCGGACAAGGUAGCAUCCGAAGGAAUAAAAAGCUUGUUGACAGUUAUUCAUGCCAUUGUACUGCAACAGGCAGAGGAGCAGAAACAGAAGAAGAAGUCAGAUUCCGCAUUCAAAGAGCUCGAGAAGAAGGUGGUUCAGCUGCGGUCCUUGGAGUGCAAGUAUGGUCCAUACUCCAUGCCAGAAUCAUCUGGUAGCUUGAGAACCAGGGACCCGGUCACCGAGAAGCGCGCUAAGGUGGAUGCCUUGAGAGCAAAGGCAGAGGAAGAGAAGAGCAAAUACGACAAGUCAGUGAGUGUAACGAGGGCAAUGACACUGAACAACUUGCAAAUGGGUUGCCCUCAUGUGUUUCAAGGGAUUGUGGGGUUUUCAAGUGUGUGCAUGGAGGUUUUUGAGUCUGUAUACAACAAAGCCAAAGCUGCUGAACAGGAGCAUGACGUGAAGAGAAUAUUACCGUAAGGGAGAGAAUUCAAGUUGAUAUGUUAUGUAUAGAUGAAUAUGAUGAUCAUCACCCUUGCCCAUAUCCUUAGAUUGCAUUUACACCUACCAAUAUCAUGAAUCAUGAUAUAAUAUACUUCUCCUAAACCCACUCUUAUGUGGAGGCCAGUGGGAGAGUGCAAUCUAAUUCACCGUUUUUUUUGGGCAAGUUUUGGUGUAGAAUCUUUAUCCGUAAGCACUUAUCAUGGGUUUCACUUGAAUUGGUUUCUUUAUGUACUGUUAAUAUAAUUAAUUCUAUAUAGUGGAGAAAAUUUGAUGAUUA